GCCCCGUUCCUCAGUCCUUAUAUGGGCAGUGACGUCCCGGGCAUUCAGGGGGCCCCCAUAAAUAGUUACCGCCAGACUUGUCCUCCAGCGCGAGCUGCGGCGGGAGCGCGGCGCUCCCGGGGCACCGCGGCCACCGCACCGCCGCGACGGGGCGGCCGCCCGCCCGCACAUGCCGCGCCGGCUCCCCGCCGUCCCCCCGCGCCGGUAGUGGGAGGCAGGGGGAAGCGCCCCCUCCUCGCCCUCCCCUUCCCGCCCCGAGCGCCCACCGCCGGCCGGGAGCGCCGCUCCCGCGGCCGCCCCGCUGCCCCCAUGAUGACCGCCAAGGCGGUGGACAAGAUCCCGGUGACCCUCGGUGGGUUCGUGCACCAGCUCCCCGAGGGCAUUUACCCCGCGGAUGACAUCUCGGCCGCGCUGCCAACUUCGGUGGCGAUCUUCCCCAAUGCCGACCUGGCAGGGCCGUUUGACCAGAUGAGCGGUGUGGCAGGAGACGGCAUGAUCAACGUGGACAUGGGCGACAAGCGGGCCCUGGACCUGCCCUACGGUGGCGGCUUCGCGCCCAACGCCCCGGCUUCCCGCAACCAGACCUUCACCUACAUGGGCAAAUUCUCCAUCGACCCGCAGUACCCCGGCGCCGGUUGCUACCCCGAGGGCAUCAUCAACAUCGUGAGCGCGGGGAUCCUGCAGGGGGUCAGCACGCCCUCCUCCGCCACCUCCUCCGCCGCCUCCUCCGCCUCCUCCGCCGCCUCCUCGGCCACCGCCGCCUCCGCCGCCUCCCCCAACCCGCUGGCCGGGGCCCUCGGCUGCACCAUGGCACAGGGCCAGCCGGCCGACCUGGAGCAUCUCUACUCGCCGCCGCCUCCGCCCUACUCGGGCUGCGGUGACCUGUACCCGCAAGACCCCUCCUCGGCUUUCCUGCCCGCCGCCGGCGGCGGGGCGCUGCCUUUUCCCCCGCCGCCCGUUCCUUGGCCCGACCCAGGGGCGGGGGUGUCCCCCCCUCGUCCCUGGGCCUCGGGGGGUCCCGGCGGCGGGGGGCUGCGGGGCAGCCCGGCCCGGGUCCGCUGGGAGCCCCGCACCGCCUCGGCGCGGAAAACCAGCGGCCUCGGCGCCGGCGUACAAACACUCGCUCUCGGGCGCGGGGAUUUCCCUCGGAGACGAGAGACGGGAUAA